GAAUAAGGAACUACCCAUAUCGUAACAACAACUUCAAAUACAAUCCAAACGGUUACUAUAAAAAUCCGUACAACGGAUAUAAACAAAAUAAUAACCGAUUUAACUUUAACAAUCGUUAUCAACAUAAUUCAAAUAAUAAUAAUCGCAUUUGGAAUUAUAAUCGAUUUAAAAAUUAUAAUAAUAAUAACAAUUUUAAAAGAAGCGCUUAUCCGAAGUAUAAUUGGGGGAACCAUAAUAAUAAAGGAAAUAACCAAUUUUAUAAUAAAAAUAAUAAUAAUAAUAGAAAUAACAACAACAAUAAAAAUAAUUCUCAAAGUCAUUUUGACGCUGAUGAAGAACAAAGUGUAGAAGAAUCCAUAAAUUCUAGUGUUAACAGUAAUUCUAAUAUUAAGAAUAAUAAAGUAAAUUCGAUUUCCCAUAAUAUACAUUUAAACAAGCAAUCAACGUCUUCAACUGAAGUUCCAAUAACAUCUACAGAUACAGAUGCCGGAAAUAAAAUAAAUAAAUUUCAAAGCAAUACGUCUAAAAUAAGUAUACGUGAAAAAAAUAUUAAAGGAAUUACAAAUCGAAAACCAGUCAAGAGAAAACAACAAAAUUGUUUAAAACAUAAAGAUUUCUAUACGAAAUUUAAAGAUACAACUGAAACGUCCGCAAUAACCACACCACAUGUACAAGAUUCUAAAAACGAAACAGAUACAAUUGUAAAUAUAGAUACUUUGGCAAAACUAUUAGGCGUGGAUAUUGGAGAAAGAGGAAAAAUAACAAGCGAUAAUAACAAAAAGUUAGAUACCGUAGAAAACGAUCAACCUAAAAUAUCGAUCGUACCAAUUCAAAGACUUGUUAGAGACGAUUUGUUUACCGAGUAUGAUCCUAGUUCAAAUACAAUAAAAUUGCAAUCAACUUUUUGCAAACCUAAUAUCUUUCCAGAAUUUAAAUCUAGGCAACGUAAAACCUCGAGUUGUAGUACAAGCAGUGAUCCAGCUGAAAUUUUAAUUGAAAAGGUCGUUAAUAUGGAUAAAAUACAAAUACAAAAUGUCAUCAACAAUUGCGGGACAAAAUAUGAUGAAGCACUUAAGUUACAGGCACGUAAGCGUUUACACGACGAAAUUCGUAAACAAAUGAAAGAUAUAAAUCUGGAUCCAGUGAAAGAUGCAAGCAAUCUUGAAUUUUUACCAGAUGAAAUAAUCGACUCUAUACAUAUACCAGACGGUGUUUUAGCUGAAUUAAGUCAAGCUUUCGGUAUUGAUUUAGGUGGAAAUUCAAAUACACUACAGUCUCGUGAACACUUGGAAAUUUUAAGUCACGAUGUUAUUUCACCACCCACAAGCAUUACUUAUUCGUGUUUUAAUAACAAUAAUAUUAAUGGUACUGAAACAAAUGGUUUAACUAAUAUUCGAAACCAACAAAUUGUUGAAGUUGAACCAAAAAAAGGGUUUGAUGAUUCUUUGCAUUUUUUAAUUCAGAAAAAUUUCGAAGAUAUGAUGUUAGCACAUACUAAGACCCCAACAAAAACUUCAAGUUCACCUAGUACUGCGGACUGCGCAGACAAUUGUGCAGAGCAAAACCGUAUUGGAACUGAAUUCAUUCAAAAUUCAUACACAGAGAAGCAUUUAACACCAGAAAAAUCUCCACGUAGUUCUCUAAAUGAAACAAAGGGUAUUGAAAGUGUAAAGUGUUCACCUACAUCAAAGCAUUCUGCCAAAUUAGUGACUUCCGAAAAUUGUACAGAUAAUUCUAUUAAAGAAAUGAAACAUUUCUGUAAUGAGAAAGAUUGUUUACAAUGUAAGCGUAGCAAAAGCGUAGAACGUACGUCUGUAGAAAGAUGUUCCCCCAAAUUAGAGCCUCUUGAAAAAUUACCAGAAAUCACUAUUAAAAAAGAAAAAAAGUGGCGUAGAGUAAAACACAAAAAGAGCUUACGCACAAACGAAGUUAUUGUAAUUGAGUCCUCGUCAUCUUCAUCAGCAUCAUCUAGUAGUUCAAGUUCAAGCUCUAGCUCAUCGUCAUCUUCCGACAGCGACUCAGACUCUGACUCAUCUGUACAAAGAGAUAUUUCAUCUGCCAAACAGCAUCAUUUAAAGGUUAAAAUAGAAUCGGAGAGUGUUAUUAAAGAAUUCGAAAACUUAGUGUUGCCAUAUAUUAGUGAACGUUUAACCAAACGUUAUCGUUCGAACUAUAGCGGUUCAUCUUACUCUAAAUUGCAUUUUAUAUCAAUGAUAUGUACCAGUAAUUAUAACAUUGGUACAUAUACUAAACAGCAAAUUAGCACUAUACAACGAAAUCUAAAAUCAGGCAAUAGAGGUAUGGCUUUAGAGUUUCUAAAACGUGAAAUUGUUAACGUUAAGAAUAAACAGAAAGAAAUUGCUGAAAAUGAAACCAACCUCAACAAAACGAAUACGAAUUGCAACAAUAAUGAUUUAAUGAAACCACAAACUCAUAAAAACUCUAAAAACUCUGAUUAUACUAGUGAUAAAAAUGAGCAAAAAGCUGAAGAAACCGAAAGCAAUAACUCGAAGGAAUCCAGAAAACAGACAGAGUCUGUAAUGCACAAAAAUGUCAACGCAGCAGAAAAAGUUAUUACCAACAACGAACAUAAAACGAAGGCUUCAUCAAAGGAAUCAACUGAAAAGAUUAAAAAUUCGACUCUGCAAUCAACGCCAACUCAACAUCAAACGAGUGUGAAUGAGGACAUGUCAGGAGGAGCAAGCGUGGAAGAAAAAAAUGCUGACACUGCAGAAAAUUCUAAUGAAAUGAUUGCAAGUCAAAGAAUUGAUAUGUCUCAAAAUCCAAGUGAACAAAAUACAACAGAAGACAACCCAAAUGAGAUUAUCACGCACAGUGUUGCCAAUGUUGUUGAAAAAAAUACAACUCCGUCUGAGACGGACAAUAAAUUUUCACCAAAUCAGAGCAAUAAUGUUUUUGAAUGUAACAGGCAAAUUUCACAAACAAAUUUAAUACGAGUAGGUGGUAAUUUAAUCAAUGAAUCCACAUUCUUGGCAACAGAAUUUUCAAACUUAAAUGGCAUAAGUAGUUUGAAUACUUCUCUAGCAGUGAAUAACACUUUUCCGCUGGUUGAUCUAGAGGCAAUACGUUAUCAUAGUCCUAUUGGCGAGGAUGUUGUUAAAAGUAUACGUGAAAAUGAUAUUAAAAUAAUGGAGCUUGAAAAACGUAAAAUAUUUUUUGAUGAUAUGAUAAAUAAAUUUGAGCGGAGCAAAAUAGAUAUCAUCAGGCAAAUACAGGAAAUACAACAGCAAAACUUUAUGUUAUACAAUUCUGGACGAAACACAAUAAGUCCUAUUGCGUGCAAUACACAAACAGUUGUUAAAAAUGAAAAUAAACAAAUAAGUGUAAAUAAAAGUCCAUCUACUGUAAUCAAAUCCAACACACCGCCGAUAACAAGUGAAUCUAUAAUCGAAACUGCAACCGAAACAAGUUCGAAUUCAAAUAGUUCUACAAGUAAUAAAACCAACGUGAAAAAAUCUGGAUCAAAGCAACGAAGAAGUAAGUCUAUUGGUACUAAUACUACUGCUAAUACUUCAACUAAUACUACUGACUCCGAUAACAUCAAUAAUGCUAAACGUCCACGUAAUUGUUAUAAUGACGCUACAUCACCAAAACGCAAGAAAAAAUCAGGAGAUAACAAAGAAUCAUCAAAAUCAAGCAAUACUAAAGAAUACCAAAAAAAACCUAUACCUUCAGCAGUUAUACCCAAAUCAUAUUCUAAAUCCUCAUCUUUUAGUACUAAAGACACAACCUCAAGUACAGACGUCAGUAAAACUUAUUAUACAUAUGCACACAUACCAAGCGGUUUUCUUAAAGGUGUAGAUCAUCCGGUAUCUCAACUCAUUGUUGCAGAAGAUGGUAUCAUAGCAGCUUGUGACGAUGGUAUAGUCUAUAAAUUUAACUUGAACGAUCUGAAAUUAGAAAAACAGCAACGUAAACAUGGAGAGGCAAUUACAGAUAUGUAUCUUAAUGAUUCGGGAGAGUUAUUCACUGUUUCUCUGGAUGGUUUUAUGAGAAAAACACUUCUAAAGAAUUUGGAAACCAAUUUAAUGUCUAUUGAUCUGACGGAACCUUUGCAAACCCUCGAUGUUGCGUGGGGUGUAAUAUAUAUUGGUAGUAGAUGGGGAAAUGUAUACAAGUAUGAAACAACACAGGUGAAGUCAUAUGCAAAAAGUCCAAUCUGUUCCACACAUAGUCCGGUAAUUGCUUUAAAAGCAAUUAAGGAGGGAGUACGUAAAAUAUUGAUUAUAGCAUCAAAAGUAAAUGCGGUAAACAUUCGUGAUGCUGACACUGGUCUACUAUUGCGCACACUAGACAUGCCCAGAACUGCACAUAUCUACAGCAUAAUGCUGGACUUUGGUCAUAUUUAUUGUGGCACCAAUAAUAAGGAAAUUUACAAAUAUGAUAUUAUGACUGGAACCCAAAUAGCUGUUGUGAAGAAUUGUGGCAAUGGCAUUGUAUCAAUGAAACCAUAUAAAGACAAAUACUUAUUCGCUGGUUGUUAUGAUGGUUACAUAUAUAUAAUAAAUAAAGAAACAAAUACGCAAAUUGGAAGUUUUCCCGGUUCCGGAAAAUUAGUAUUGGCUUUGGAAGUAAUUGGAAAUAAGGUUUUAACUUCAUCGAAGGACAGAGUUAUUAAGGUUAUUGAUAUCCCGAAGCAUUUACUCGAUAAAAUGUCAGACUAAUUUUAUUAAUUUUAAAAUUUUUACUUAAUAAUUAAGUAAAUAAAUACUUUUGCUUUUACUUCUGUUCAUAUUAAAUAUGUUGUAAGAGCAUAUAAUGCUUUUAUA